AUGGAUUCGGUAGGACACCCGUUAUCCGAGUGUUUUUUAAUGCACUCUGAACAAGAAAUGAACUUAUCGAAGGGGCCAUUGGUGAACAGCAGCAGUGAAGAUAACUCCAAGUCAGCUUAUGGUAAAUGCGGCGCUGGCGCCUGGAGGAUGCACCAGAGCUACGAUCCACUGGAGGCCAACCACAUGAGAGACGCACAUGCCCUCUACAACCCCAGGCUUCUCUGCAGAAUGUCCAGUAAGGAGCGCCACCUUGAGUCCAACUGUCCGUCCUCUUAUAUAAAGACUGAGCCGUCUAGUCCUGCAUCCCUGACUGACAGUCUAAACCAUCACUCCCCUGGUGGCUCCAGUGACGCCUCAGGCUCCUAUUCGUCCACGAUGAACGGUCACCCCAAUGGCUUAGACUCCCCGAGCCUUUAUGGCUCCAACACAGGGCCCCUGGGUCCUGCAGGUGGCCCCGGAUCAAAGCGCUAUGAGGACUGUUCAUCAACUAUUGGGGAAGAUUCACAGAUAAAGUGCGAGUACAUGUUGAAUUCAAUGCCCAAGAGGCUGUGUCUGGUGUGCGGGGACAUUGCAUCAGGGUACCACUAUGGAGUGGCAUCCUGUGAGGCCUGCAAGGCCUUCUUCAAACGUACCAUCCAAGGCAACAUCGAGUACAGCUGUCCAGCCACCAACGAGUGUGAGAUCACCAAGAGGAGACGCAAGUCGUGCCAGGCCUGCCGCUUCAUGAAGUGUCUGACUGUGGGCAUGCUGAGGGAGGGUAAGGGAAAAGGUGUUCGUCUGGACAGGGUUCGUGGUGGAAGACAGAAGUAUAAGCGCCGGAUAGAUGCAGACAACAGUCCAUACCUGAACCCACAGCUGGCUCUGCCUCCCAAGAAGCCAUUUGCCUUUGGCUGCCUUGCAGAUAACAAAAUCGUGUCUCACCUGCUGGUGGCCGAACCAGAGAAGAUUUACGCCAUGCCUGACCCUACAGUACCAGACAGCGACAUCAAGGCCCUGACUACGCUGUGUGACCUGGCGGACAGAGAGCUAGUGGUCAACAUCGGCUGGGCCAAACAUAUCCCAGGUUUCUCUACGCUGUCUUUGGCAGACCAGAUGAGUCUACUGCAAAGUGCAUGGAUGGAGAUCUUGAUCCUGCGUGUUGUGUACCGCUCACUGUCCUUCGAAGACAAGUUGGUGUAUGCUGAGGACUACAUAAUGGAUGAGGACCAGUCAAAGCUGGCUGGACUUCUGGACCUGAACAAUGCCAUCCUUCAGCUGGUCAAGAAAUACAAAACGAUGAAGCUAGAGAAGGAAGAAUUUGUCACUCUCAAGGCCAUUGCUUUGGCUAACUCAGACUCCAUGCACAUUGAAGACGUGGACGCAGUGCAGAAACUCCAGGAUGUGCUCCAUGAGGCCCUGCAGGACUACGAGGCUUCCCAGCACCAGGAGGAUCCCCGCCGGGCGGGCAAGCUGCUCAUGACCCUCCCCCUGCUCCGCCAGACCUCCACCAAGGCUGUACAGCACUUCUACAGCAUCAAGCAGGACGGCAAAGUCCCAAUGCACAAACUCUUCCUGGAGCUGCUGGAAGCCAAGGUCUGA